AUGCGUUUAAUAAUUUUCACCGUGACACUAAGUCUACUGGUAACUUGGUCUUGUGAACAACAACAGCAACAACAAGAACAAGAGCAACAACCGCAGCAACAGGAAAAGCAACAACAGCAACAGCAGAAACAUUAUAAUUUAUCAAUUAUGCUAAAUGCCAUUGACUCGGAUAUGCCAUUAUCUUUGCAAAAUUCUAUUAGUGCUUGUUCGAGUAUAAUACAUGAGUAUUUUGUACCCAUUACAGGCAGUUUCAUGGUCAGCACACAUGUAGAGGAGUUGUAUCUAAAAUGGCAUUUAAAAGAUUUUUUGAAUAAUGUUUUACUCAAUUUGCCCAUGAUAAAAGUGGAAAUUGAAAGUAAGAGUUCGAGUGUUAGAUAUCUAACAAUGAAUCGUAAAUAUAAUCUAAUUGUAGUGGAUAGCAUCGAAUCACUGAGACAAUUAGAUCCAGCUAAUUACACUAGAAAUUAUGAUAUACAGGAACACUACCUGGUGUAUUUAAUGCAUGGCUCAAGAUUUGCUAAUCUAUUCAGUGUGCUCAAUCAAAUGUUUGGAUAUUUUUGGCAAAAUUCUAUUAUAAAUGUUUCAUUAAUGACAGCUAACAAAGAAUUUAUUGUGGAUGUAUUUACCUACUUUCCUUUCGACAACUAUUUAACUUGUAAAAUGCCUUUAGUCGAACAAAUCAAUUAUUAUUCUGGCUCUUGGUCAAAACCUAUUACUUUGACAAUUUUUCCUGAGAAAUUGGACAAUUUAGAAAAGUGUCCAUUAGGUGUGGCUGUUUGGAAUACACCACCUUAUUUAAGCUAUUUAAAAAGUGAUGAAGGUUUUUAUAAAAUUGAUUACUUUGAGGCUGUGUUGCUGGAAGUUUUGUCAGAAAAAUUGAAUUUUUCUUUAAAUUUACAAGAACCACCUAAUAAUGAACAGAGAGGAAAGGUUUUAGCCAAUGGCACUUUAACGGGUGCCAUGAAAAUGCUUCAUGACCAUUCAGCCGAUCUUAGUUUGGGUUCAUUUCGUUAUACUCUGGAGCGUUCCACAGUGUUGACAGCAGCUGUACCCUAUUAUCAAACGCAUCAGAUUUACGGUAUUCUCACAAAUACGCAACUUUAUACAUCAUUGGAAAUAUUGUUGUAUCCAUUUGAUAACAUAACAUGGAUUAUUAUAUUUUUAAGUCUUUUAUUAGGUCUCUUCAUAGCAAUUGUCAUAGACUACUUUUAUGACAAAUGUUUACUUAUUCAAGUAGCAAUAGGUUAUCCAGCCCUAAAAACACCUACAACUGAUGUACUUCGUUUUCUAAUGGGCCAAUCUUUGAUACAAAUUCCCGAAACUAAUUUUGCACGUUUUAUGAUUAUUUUUUGGCAUAUUUAUGGUUUACUGCUACGCACCGCUUAUCAGUCAUUGCUAUUUCAAUUACUUAAACUAAAUGUAUAUCAUGAACCUCCUAAAACUCUGACAGAUCUUAUUAACCAACAAUGCACUUUAGUCAUGACAGAAGGUACUUACGAUUCCGUUUACACUGUGAACCGCAUACAGCAGGGUUUUAUAGAGGUUAUAAAACUACAGAAUACUUCCGAACAAAGUUCGUAUUUCUUCGUUGAGUACGAUAAACAAGAUCGCUGUUUAGCGGCUGUUUCUUCGAAAGAUUUUCUAACUUACCAUGUUAUCAACGAACGAAAAAGAGGGGUAUUUUAUGUUUUACCUGAGAAAAUUUUUGCUCAACACAUUACUAUGUAUUUUUCAAAACAUUCUUUUCUAAUAGAUCGUUUUAAUGAAUUGUUUAUGAAUCUGCGCGGCAUGGGUCUCAUAGACUUUUGGGCUCAUCAAAGUUUGGAUACGGAUUAUAUAGAAAAUAAACAUAAAACUGAUUUUAAGUCCAUAAAUCUAAGUGAUAUAAAGGGAAUUUUAAUUAUUUGGAGUGUUUUACUUUUAGCAACUGUAGUUGUAUUCUUCUUGGAGGUUGUCAUAUUUAAUGUAAACGUUUUUGUAUAUAAUGUGCAAAAUUAA